AUGCCGAAAAGAAAAGUAGUCUCAAACAAGGAGAAUGGCAAGCGUACUUUCUCUCACGAUGACUUAACCCCGCAAAUCCAGGAGUUUCAAAACCUAAUGGACCUCGAAUCUCAGAAAGUGGAGACCAUUAGACAGUCGUAUUCAAGGCAGAACUCCCUAUUGGCCAAGGAUAACUCCAUAUUAAAGAUCAAAGUAAAUGGAUUGGAGAAGAAAAUAAGUCAGCUGGUACAAGAAAACGUGGCUCUUCGAUCUAAGACAUCUAUAAGCGAGGCUAUUUACAGGGAACGGUUGAACAACCAACUACAGACUAUCGAAAAUGGGAUUAUACAAAGGUUCGAUGAGAUUUUUUAUAUAUUCGACAAUGUUCGUAAGAAUGAAAGUCUACCCAGUUCAAAUUUGAAAUCUAUGCUAAAAAGAACCAGUUCCAGAUCGAGAUYAUGCUCACUGUCAUCACCCACGUACUUGAAAAGUUGCACAGAGCCAUUGAAUUGUCAGAACAAUCCGUCAAAUGAUUCAAGCUUUAAUAAAGACGACGGCCAGGACCUAGAGCACAAGGCUAAAAAAAGGAAAAGCUCUAGGCGGCAAUCCAUGUUUAUUUCCACAAGUUUAGAGCCAGACGAUGACGCUGACGAAAAGGAACCAACAAUAGACGAACCUUCCAUAAACCUACCCAGAGAACUGCACGAGACUUUGCAAGUAAAGGACACAAUGGGCCAACUAGAUGUAGACGAAGAUAUUGAGUCAACCAGUAAUUUUACUAACUCUAUUAUUGAAUAUUCUAUACCUGAGGAAAACUCUACGGAACCCGAGCAUUCAUCUUCCAAACUAGAAAUAUUUAAUGAUAGUACAAACAUGCUAGGUACGGCAUCGUCGAAUCCAUUACCCUUACCUUUACCCUUACCGGUUCUCUCGACUACUUUACCGGCUACAACUACCAAUACUACAACCACGUCUGCGCCUAAUUCUUCAACGAAUUCGCAUUCGAAAACCAAAAUCAAACAUUCCAUGAAGCCACCUAGGAUAGAACUGAAGAAAAAAAUCAUUGAUGAAGUCAUGCCUGUAAGUAAUAUGAGCAAUAGCAGUGAUAUCACUUUUAGUAGGACAAGAAGAACUCGGGGCAAAGCUGUAGAUUAUACGUUGCCUUCAUUAAGGGCCAAGAUGAGGAGGCCUUCGGAAAAACUAGUAGAUGCCACUACUAUGAUUGAUAUACACGACUUACAAGUUUCCAAAAAAAACAGCAUCACUGUAAGUAACAGGAAGAGUCUCUCUCCCGAUCCAAUACCCGACGAACCGCAGUUGAAAGAAGUGGUCGUUUCUAAAGAUUAUGGAACUCCAAAGGAAAAGAUAAUAGAAAACCAAGUAACAAAUGAGAUCAUCCCGCUUACUAAUAUCAACAACAAUAACAACAACAACAAAAUAACCAAUAAUUAUAGCGUCAAAAAAGCAUCGCCCUUACUUGAUAUUACCAACAGAUCCGAGAAUAAGAGAAAAGUAGUAAAAACUAAAAAAUUGUUCAAAAAUGCAAUUGUCAACAAUCUAUCCGAUGAAAACUCUACUUCGCGACGUUCGAAGUUGCCAAAUGGAACCAUAAACAUCAACAGAAACAGUAAUAAUUGCGAUCCUAAUGCCAAUAGUGCUAAUAAUAAAUCCGUUAGCUUCAGAUUAAAUGAGGAUGAUUUAGCGAUAUUUGAUCUAUUUGGAAAUGACAAGACAAUGAAACAUCAACCGAAGACAUAUCGAACCAAGAAAUGA